CUGUAACAUAUCAAGUUUAAUUUUUUUAUUUACAUAUUUACCCACUUUUAUCUAUAUAUUGUGAUGGUUAUUGGCAGUUAUAAACAAUAUUAUUAUUAGUAAAAGUGGCCCUUUGUUCAUAAUGCCCAAUAAGACUAUGAAAACUCACAAUUUUAGUAUUAAAAAUCGAAUGGAAAAUUUAAAAUACGACAACGAAGACGUCCAUUUAUUGAGAGACUCGUGGAAGUUGUGGUAUUGGAAAAUCAAUUCUGACGAAUCUCUUAAUUGGAUCGAGAAUUUAAAUGGUUUAUGUGAGUUUGAUAAUGUUGAAAAGUUUUGGAGCAUCUUUAAUAAUAUAAGAAUGCCUAGCAAACUUAAAAUUGGAUGUGAUUACUCAGUUUUUAAAACUAAUAUUAAACCAAUGUGGGAAGACAAAGCUAACAAAAACGGUGGUCGUUGGCUGAUAAAAGACAAUGGAUUGUUAGACCAUUAUUGGAUGGAUUUAUUAAUGAGCAUGGUUGGUGGAAUGUAUGAACCUUAUAAUGAUCAUGUUUGUGGUGUCGUUUAUAAUAAACGCCAUUUGAACAAAUUAUCAAUUUGGAUUUCAACGUGUGAAACAAGCGUUGUUAAUGAUAUUGGAUCAAAAAUCAUGGAAUAUCUCAAAAUAAAAGAAAAAAUUGUAUUUGAAAAACAUAGUGAUAAUUCAAUAAAAAAAAAAACAUAUACUUUUUAUCAUACUUCCAAAAUAAAUGACUCAUUUAAGUUGUAAAAAAAAUAUUAUAUUAUGACAUAAAAUUUUAAAAUAAUUUCUUUUA